AUCAGCUGUGUCCAAUCACAGCUGAUCACAUGGGACAUGUACACUGAUCAUCAGGGCACUGAUGAUCAGUGUGGCCCCAGAAGUGCCACCUGUCACUGCUCAUCAGUGCCAGUGCCCAUCAGUGCCACGUGCCAGUGCCCAUCAGUGCCAUAUCAAUGCCACAAUGUGCAUACCAGUGCACAUCAAUGCCACAUAUCAGUGCCCAUCUGAGCUGCCUUUCAAUGUCACCCAUCAAUGCCAAUCAGUGCCAGUCAGUGCUGCCCAACAGUGCCACCUAUCA